AUGGCUUCUGACGAGGAGAAGAACUCCGGCAAGUUCGAAAAUAACGGCUCUGCCACCGACAAGUAUCUUGCCGACAAUGGCGACAUUACCACUGGACACACAACCGACAACGCCGAUGGUCUGCACCGUCUUCUCAACAACAGACAGAUCCAGCUUGUUGCCAUUGGUGGUUCCAUUGGUACUGCUCUUUUCGUGAGUAUCGGUGGUGGUCUCGCCAAGGGUGGUCCUCUUGGUCUGUUUCUCGCAUACACAAUCUACUCUGGUAUUCUCGCCUGUGUGAACAAUGGUAUCGCCGAAAUGACUACUUAUAUGCCUGUUUCUGGUGGUUUCAUCCGUCUCGCCGGUCAUUGGUGUGAUGAUGCGCUUGGUUUUAUGGCUGGUUGGAACUUCUUCCUCUACGAAGGUCUUCUCAUUCCAUUCGAAAUCACCGCUAUCAACCUUGUCCUGUCUUACUGGAGUCCCGAGAUCACAGAGCCCGGUCCUACGGCUGGCAUCUGUAUUGGUGUCAUUAUACUCUAUGCUCUCCUCAACAUCUUGGCUGUCAAGGCUUACGGUGAAGCUGAAUUCUGGCUGUCGGGCGGCAAGGUUAUCCUCAUCCUGAUGCUCUUCAGCUUCACUUUUGUUACAAUGGUUGGCGGCAACCCCGCGAAAGAUGCCUACGGUUUCCGUUACUGGUCCAACCCCGGUCCUUUCUCCGAAGUCUAUGGUACCGAUUCUCUUGGUCGCUUUGAGGGUUUCCUCGCCGCCCUGUGGAGUGCUGGUUUCACUGUCGUCGGUCCCGAAUACAUUUCAAUGGUGGCUGCCGAGGCCAAGCGACCCAGUGUCUACAUCAAGGCUGCUUUCAAGACCGUUUACUACCGAUUCUGCUUCUUCUUCAUUAUGGGCUCCCUUGCAGUUGGUAUUGUUGUCCCCUACAACUACCCCCAGCUCGUGUCCAUCUUUGUCGACGGCACAGAGGGUAGCGGUACUGCUGCUGCGUCGCCUUACGUCAUGGCUAUGGACAUCCUCAAGGUCGACGUCCUUCCUCACGUUGUUAACGCCCUCCUCCUUACCUCGAUCUUCUCGGCCGGUAACACUUACACUUAUUGUGCCACUCGAUCACUCUAUGGUCUCGCUCUUGAGGGUCGUGCCCCCAAGAUCCUCAGAAAGACAACUGCCUCUGGUGUCCCUAUCUACUGUUUCUGCGUGGUUAUGUUGUUCCCCAUGCUUUCAUUCCUCCAGUGUGGUAGCGGCUCUGCCAAGGUUCUCAACUGGCUGAUUGCUCUCAUGACUGCUGGUGGUCUUAUCAACUAUCUCGUCAUGGGAAUUACCUUCCUCAACUACUACCGGGCCUGCCAGGCUCAGGGUAUCGACCGACGACAGAUGCCUUACUACGGUUACUUCCAGCCUUACUGCGCUUACAUUGGUCUCGCAUUCCAGUUCUGCGUUGUCAUGUGCUACGGUUACAAGUCAUUUCAACCCUGGAACACGGAGCUCUUCUUCCAAAACUACACUAUGCAAUUCGUUGCGCCCAUUCUCUUCGUCUUCUGGAAGGUUUACAAGAAGACCCGCUGGCUCAAGCCUCAUGAGGUUGAUCUCACCUGGGAGCGCCCCGUCGUUGAUGCUUACGAGAACUCCAUCACAACCCCUCCUCAGGGUUUCUGGACCGAAAUGGGCCAGCUUGUCGGUAUCAAGAAGAAGGUGUACUCGGACGAGUAA